GUGGCGGCUGCAGCUGGCAGGCACUGCCUGCACCACCAUGCUCGCCCUGGAGGCUGCACACCUCGACGGGCCGCACUUCAGCUGUCUGUACCCAGAUGGAGUCUUCUAUGACUUGGACAGCUGCAAACACUCCAACUACCCCGACUCAGAAGGGGCUCCUGACCCUCUGUGGGACUGGACUGGGCCCCCACCUGUCCCAGCUGCCCCCUAUGAAGCCUUCGACCCAGCUGCGGCCACCUUUGGCCACCCCCAGGCUGCCCAGCUCUGCUACGGUCCUUCGGCCUACACCCCUUCAGGCGGCCUCGACCCGGCCCCCAGCCUGGAGGCCCCAGGGCCCGGCCUCCCAGCAUACCCCACGGAGGACUUCGCCAGCCAGACUCUGGGUCCCCCCGUGUACGCCCCGUACCCCAGCCCCGUGCUGUCAGAGGAAGAGGACUUACUGCUGGACAGCCCUGCCCUGGAGGUCUCGGACAGCGAGUCAGAUGAGGCCCUCGUGGCCGGCCCUGAGGGGAAGGGGUCGGAGGCAGGCUUGGGGACCCCACACGCAGCCCUGAGUUCCCAUGAGGACCCAGCCCUUCCUGGGGAGUCCUCCUUGCGGCCACGCUGA